GUCGUUGUUUACAUCCGGUUUCUCCCGGUGCGUCCUUCCCCGGUAGCUCCUCCUCAGGUCGUCCCUCCACCGGUAGCCCCUCUGCCGGUGCUCCUCCGCCGGUAGCCCCUCCCGGUGCCCCUGCUCCGGUAGCUCCUCCCCCGGUAGGCUCUUCUAUAUCCACCCUCCUCCGGUUCUUCUUCACCGACUCUCCUCACACUCUGAAGCCGACCAUGAGUGCUCGUGUGCCCGCUCCGUGUGUGCUGCUCCUCGCCCUGCUCUGGUCCUCCUGCCUCGGGGUCCGGAUCCCGGUCCCGGUGCCGGUCCGGAUCCCUCCUCAUGAGCAGGUGGCCCGGGUGGCCCGGUUCGUGGCCCACCAGUGUGACUGGGCCUCCAUGGCCACCAUCUCCACCCACAGCCCGGUGAAGGGUCAGCCCUUCUCCAACCUGUUCUCUGUCAGUGACGGACCCCCGGGCAACGGCACCGGCACCGGGGUGCCCUACAUGUACCUGACCCGCAUGGAGAUCUCCGUCCAGGACCUGGAGGUGGGUCUGCUCUGCUCUGGGGUUCGGUUCGGUUGUCACUGCUUUGGUGAUGACGUCAUGUGGCUUUUAGGUUCUAGAGGCUCAGGGACAGAACCGAGUACUGGGUUAGACCCAUGUGGACCCGGGUCCAGCUGAACUGGGUAUGGGUGA